AUGACAGACAAGCCUACACCUGCAUGGGACUUUGGGAACAUCACCAUUUGGGAGGAAUACAUCAACGCCACCCUUGUAGUGGCAAACAGCUUGGUUCUGUCAAUCACUUCUGUUGUGGGGGUUGCAUCAAAUAUUUUUGUCAUCCUGGCAGUGUAUCACCAAAAGUCGCUGCAAACUUCUGUUAAUGCACUGGUGGUGAAUCUAGCUGUCAUAGACUCUUUGCGUUGUAUAAUUGAUUGUCCCAUUCUACUAACCAUUAUCAUGACUGUGCAGCAACGAGGGCAUGCGGACAGUCUGAUCUGUGAAGCACAAAUGGCUUCUUUCUCUUUCAGCUGCUGUGUUCAGUUGUUGACACUGGCGUGCAUAAGUGCAGAGAGGUACCAGGCAAUAGCGCAACCAUUUAAAAUCAGUCAACGAAAAAGACGGAUUAUGAUACUCAUCCCUCUCACAUGGACCUUGGCUAUAGUGAUGGCUGUUUUUUGUCUAAUAUUUCUGAAAGACUCACCCGUUUAUGUGAGAUGCCAAGGAAUGCAGGCAGGAACGACGUCGUAUGACACCAUUGGAUUUUACAUGCUUCUCCCAUUAUGGGCUAUUUGUUUAGCUGUCAUCACUGGAUUCUAUGCUAGCAUAUUUGCCCUUCUGAGAUCACACAAUCGCAAAAUAUUUGAUGAAGGUACUUCUCUUCCUAAAAAAGUCUUAACAAAAGAUAAGGAGAAGAGAGAAGACGUCACUGUUGUGGAACAUGGACAUGGAAAAACUGAGCAAGAGCAGGUCCUGAGCAUAAGCAUUGCUGAACCAAAUCCAUUCAAGAAAAAUGCUAUGCUGACCUCAGAAGAAGCUUCACAAAGUGUUUCCAUCAGCUCUGAGAAUAAAGAAGAGUUUAAAAAUACAAAGAUGAGUCACUUAGAAACAGAACCACCUAACUCUUUUGCAGUACAUGUUGCAGUGCAGGCUCUGGAGGAAACUUCAAAAAUGGAGAAAUGCAGCCCCUGUUCCAUUAAAACUGAAGUGAAAGCAUUGAAGCAAAGCACUACUGCUAAUGACGAGAGCUUGAACACAGUGAUGCAGAAAGUUUUGAGUAAUUCUAACACAGAUAAGCAAUCAGAAGAAGGACUGAAAACUGGCAAAGCAGCCAUAGAGACCAGCCCCCUUGUUGUGUUGUCUGCACAGUUAGAGGGUCCUCAAUCUACUUCUGUCUUACCAACUGAUCUGAAACCAGCUCAAAACAGCAACAGAGAGGAAACACAGACUGUUGCUACACAAGAUCAAGUGUCUUCACCACCUCCAGCCACGGGCAACAAUGUAGAGUUAGAAGGAGCUGUUUGCAUGAUGCCUUCCAAAGCAAGUAAAGAGAGAGCAAGAAAAAAGAAAGAAAGUAAAAUGGCCAAGCGUGCUGGCUACAUCAUCAUAACCUUCCUCUUGUUCUGGCUGCCUCUGAUCACAUCUAUCCUUGUGGAUGUUCUUGUUCACAAAAAUAAGAAUACACAGAUAUCUAUUAUUCAGGACCUGGAAAUCCUGACGGUGUCUAUUGCUUGCAUCACAUCGCUGAGUGACCCAAUAAUAUAUGCUGCAAUAAACCCUCAGUUUCGGUCAGAGUUUUACAAGCUGAGAAGUUGGAUUAAAUCCAGAUUCAGUAGGAACUGAUAUCUUGACAGCUACUUUUAGAUAAAAAUAGACUUAAUGAACACAUUUGCAUUUACUAUGUAACCGAAUAAUGUAACGUCCAAAUAUAAAUUAAUCUAAACUCCAUAUUAAAGUGUGGAUUUGUCAUUUGUUUGUAAGAAACCUAUU